AUGGCUUCAGAAGGGCUUUCCAGUGCCCCUGAAUUCUACUCGUUCAAAACCGUCCUUCUCACAGGCGGUACCGGCGGUCUAGGAGGCUGCCUCCUCAAUACUUACCGCUCAGCCGUCACGGACUCUAAACUGGCUGUGGACACGACCUGUCACUUCCUGCGCGUUCCAGCAGAGAUCCGCCUCAACAUCUACCGAUGCCUAUUGCUCGAUCCUCCACGAGCCUCCCUCGACCCAAGCUAUCCCGAGAAAGCGUUCGACGCGACGACGGAUCGAAUCCAGCAACGGAGCACCUUGGAUGCCUUGUUGGAUCAAUACUUAGAAGAAAACGACUUGAUCGAAUCCUACGAUCCGGAAGGCCAAGGGUCGGUGAUGUACAACCAUCUAGCCCCCAAUCAAUCCAAUCCACACUGGGAGACACCUUCAUCCCCUGCUAUAGACGAGGAGGAAUCCUUCCAGAGUGCUGGUGUCUCGCAGGACUAA